AUGGUUAACUCUAAUACUAAACAUCGAGUUCGAGCAUAUCUUAAUUCUAAUAUUAUCCCAUUAACUCCUGAAGCAAUCGAAAAAAUAAGAGACGCUCAUACAAGAAAAAUACCAAAUAGAAAACGUGAUAUGUGUAGAGAUUAUAGAAUUGCUCCGCCGAUAUCUCAACCAGAAAUCUUACCCCAAUAUAGUUCAUCAGGUACUAUAAAUCCUGAGCAAGUAAUUCCUUCGAGUAAACUUGUAUCAAAAAAAUCUAGCAGAAAAAAGAUCGAUAAGUCAAGCCCUAUUGCAAAAUUACCUAAAGGUGGAGAUCUAUCAGAAUCGAAAACUAUAUAUCAUUCUACCUCAUCAAUAUCAAAUAGUGAUGAGCAAACCAGAAUGAAAAAAUUGCGUGAAUAUAAAAAACAACUUCAAAAUGAAUCUUGA